CGGCCAGAUUGCAAUAUCAAUGAUCUUUGGAUCAUGAUUGGCCUUCUCAUUGAGAUUCCCGGAUAGCGUCGGUGUUAUCAGCAAGCUAAGCACCAAGAUGGCCUAGUCUGGCUGAUCUGACUCACCACAUGCAUCUGACAGGAACGGAGUCCGACGAACAUGCAUCCGGUCGACUGUCAGCAAUCAUAUCAGCAAUCAAUAUAAAAGACCUAGAAACCACCCCUCAAUAAGCCGUAACCAGACAAAUAACCCUCGGAACCCCCAAUCUAGUACAGUCCAACUCGACUCCAGCCUCAAACCACUCACUACUUCCCCUACAUCCACCAUGUCCACCACAUUCACCCCACCCCCAUCAUUCAGCAUCCCCACCUCACGACUACACAUCUCGUACCUGGAGCCCAACAACCCCACCCACAGCGCCUUCGUCCACCACCUCUGGAACACCGACGACUUCAUCCAAGCCGAAGGGCCCACGGGGCUCGACACCCCCGAGAAGGCGGCCAAGUUCAUCGCCACGCGCGUGCAGUCCGACUACAACCGCAACAAGCACGGGCAGAUGCUGGUCUCGCUCAAGCCCUAUCCGGAUGCAUCGCUCGCCGAGAGCAAGAUGAUCGGGAUGGUGUCCCUGAUGAAAGGGGAGCCGCCGAACGCGUACACCCAGCCCGACGUGGGGUACACGAUUCUGCCCGAGGAGAGUGGGAAGGGGUAUGCGACGGAGGCGGGGAUCGGGUUGAUCGAGUAUGCGCGACGCGAGCUGGGGGUGGAGGGGGUGUUUGGGUUCUGUAGGGUUGAUGCGGCGAGGAGUCGACGCGUGCUGGAGAAGAUUGGGCUGGAGUUUCGCGGGGAGAGGAAUUUGAGGGUGUUUGGGGGGGCGAGGAGUGCGGUUUAUGCGCUGCCGGGGAUGGGGGGGGAUUUGACGGUGUAUGGGAUUGAUGAUUAG